CAGCCGCAGCCUCGCCGCCUCCACUGAGCAUGCUCGGCCCCUCCACAUCCGCCGCCGCUCGGCCGCCGAGAGGUGCAGGGGGGGAGGUUCCCUGCCGGUAAUAAGGCCCUUGGCAGGUGGCGGAGGCGACGCGCGGGUCUCGCUGCCGCCAUGAACCCCGGCGGCGGGGCGGGGGCGGCGCCGGCCUUCCCCGGCCCCGUGCAGUUUCCAGGAGGCACCACGGUGCUGGUGGAGCUCACCCCAGACAUCCACAUCUGUGGCAUCUGCAAGCAGCAGUUCAAUAACCUCGAUGCCUUUGUUGCGCACAAGCAGAGCGGUUGCCAGCUCACAAGUGCGGCAGCCGGGGCCACCAGCACGGUCCAGUUUGUGUCGGAGGAAACAGUGCCCUCGACACAGGCACAAACCACGGCCAGGACCAUCACCUCGGAGACCCAAACCAUCACAGUUUCCGCUCCAGAGUUUGUUUUUGAGCAUGGCUAUCAAACAUACCUGCCCAGUGAGAGCAGUGAGCCUCCAACUACUGCUAUUGUCUCUACACCACCAAAAGCACGUUCGAGAAAAUCGACUUCCUCGCUUACACAGAAGAAACUAAACUGUUGCUAUCCAGGUUGCCAGUUCAAGACUUCCUAUGGUAUGAAGGAUAUGGAACGUCAUCUGCGAACCCACACAGGAGACAAGCCCCAUAAAUGUGAUGUUUGUAACAAAUGUUUUAGUCGCAAAGAUAAGCUGAAGAUGCAUAUGCGGUCCCAUACUGGCGUGAAGCCUUACAAAUGUAAACACUGUGACUAUGCAGCUGCUGACAGCAGCAGUCUCAACAAGCACCAGCGCAUUCACUCCAAUGAGCGCCCUUUUAAAUGCCAAAUCUGUCCUUACGCAAGCCGCAACUCUAGCCAGCUAACUGUACACCUCAGAUCCCACACAGGAGAUGCUCCUUUCCAGUGUCAGAUGUGUCCUGCUAAAUUUAAAAUCAACUCAGACUUGAAGAGGCACAUGCGUGUGCAUUCUGGUGAGAAACCUUACAAAUGUGAGUUCUGUGAGGUCCGGUGCGCCAUGAAAGGAAACUUGAAAUCACACAUUCGUAUCAAACACAGCAUGGAAAAUACUCUGAAGUGUCCAGAGUGCGAGUUUCAGUGUGGAAACAAAACAAGCCUUCGACACCACAUAAGAACUCACCAGCCUGAGCAGCCAGUGAAGUGCUCAGAGUGCAGCUACUCUUGUUCCAACAAGGCAGCUCUGAAAGUACAUGAGCGAAUUCACUGCAAAGAUCGUCCUUUCAAAUGUGAAUUCUGCAGCUUCGAUACCAAGCAGCGGAGCAACCUGACUACUCACGUGAGGAAAGCUCAUGGAGACAAAGUCAAGACCAAGAAGCAAACUGUGGAGAAGAAGGAAGGAGAUAGGCCAAAGCAAGGUGGCUCCAGGCAAGUUGCCAAACUAGAUGCCAAGAAGGCAUUUAAGUGUGAUUUGUGUGAUGCUUCCUUUGUCCGAGAAGAUUCUCUUAGGAGUCAUAAGAAGCAGCACAGUAUGUACAGUGGGUCUAAAAAUAAUGAACUGGCUGUUCUACAGCUCCAGAUGGAUCCCACUCGACAGACCAGUGCCCCAAUUACUGUCAGUCACCUGCAGGUCCCAAUUCAGGCUGCUCAGGUUUCUCCAUACAACGAGGGAAGGGUCAAGAUCAUUGUGGGUCACCAGGUCCCUCAGAGUAACAGCAUAGUUCAGGCUGCAUCAGUGAAUGUUGUGCCUUCCACGCUAGUUAGCCAGAACCAGGAAGAUCUCUCAGCCAACAGCCGCUUGCAGCUGCUGGGCCAAGUCAGUUUGCUGGCACCACCUCCACCUCCAAUAUCUCAAAGCGAAGCAGUGCCUGUGGCACAACCAGCAGUUCUUCUAACAACCCAUGACCAAACUGAUGGUACUGCUUUACAUCAAACUCUGAUUCCUGCUGCGCCUGUCAGCAGUCAUGAGGCUUCAGCAAACCAAGCUUUCAUCACCAGCUCUGGAAUCAGCUGCUCUGACUUAGAAGGCCUUAAUGCUUUGAUACAAGAAGGAGCAACAGAAGUGACUGUGGUUAGUGAUGGAGGUCAGAGUAUCACGGUGUCUACUUCAGCUCCCCCUCCUCCUAUCUUCUCCUCAUCCUCUCACACAGAAGCCCCUAAGCAGACCUACUCCAUCGUUCAAAGUGGAGCACACACGGCUUUGCUGUGUCCAGCAGACUCAAUACCAGAUUAGUCACAAAGUAACUUUACAAAUUUCAGACUCAGAGGCACUGGUGAUUUCAGCAGAAAUGCAUAGAAAAUAACCGAAUACAGAAUUUGUCCCACAAAGCCAAAUACCUUCCACAUACCUGUUCUGCUUGUCUGUACGUGGAAGCAAACACCUUGUAUGUGGCAAAGAGGUUGUGUAUAUUUGUGCUUCUAUUGAAAUUGGAGACUAUGUUCUUCAUAAAAUCUGAGCAUCAAAGCCACUAUUGAAAGCUUCACCAAGCAGUAAGCUUCCUGGACUAGGAUUCUUGCAUUGUGCUGGCAAAAAUAAGAAAACCUCACCUUAUGAUGAACUAUCUUCACAGCAGACUUUCAUGUAUACACAGAAGACAAUAGUCUGAGCCAUUCCAAGCUAUAUUUUUAAGUGAGGUCUGUUUUGAUUACAUGCUAUGUAUGGAUUAACUGAACCUGGCUGGUUGUAGACAUUUCUUAGAGAUCAAAAUGGAGCCCUACUGAACAUCAUGGGACCUGUUGCUUAAUAGUAGAAGUGGGUAGCGUGUGAUACUUGAUCUGGUAAUGCUGAUGCAGAAGACCAAGUGAUGGUUUUUAGAAGACAAAAUAAUUUUGUCCAUUCAUCAGUAAUAACUAAGUUUGUUAGCAAGAACACUAUUGCAAAUUAUGUAUAUGGCACGGUGAUCUGUGUCAGGCACCUGUGUUUUAAAGAAAAAAAACAACCACAAAUAUAUUUUUUACAAACACUA